AUGAUUGAUCUGGGUCAAUGUCAAAUCAAAGUGUACGAUUCAAUGGUUUCACUUAUUCCAGAUGAGAUCUUAAAGGAAGAACUCGCCCCGCUUUCAAUUACGAUUCCAAAUCUUCUCAACACCAUCGACUUUUAUGAAGAAGGUGUUUACGCAAACGAUUGCAACCGAGAUUGGUGGUGUUUGUGGCCAAUAGAACGUAGGCGAUUGUGGCAUGUUCGUGUUAAAUUGGCUGCAGAGAUAUUACGGGGAGAUGCUUACAUGACAUGA